AUGCAAGACGAAGUCGUCGAAAUAGAGGACGAAGAGCAGCUCGCAGUCUCGAACUCUAACACAAAUGCUAGCAUAGGACCUUCUGCAAGCACUUCGAGCUCUGCCUCCGACCCAAACUCAUUAUCAAGCGCAAUCUCAAAUAAAAGAAAGGCCAAGAAGGAAGAUUUGCGUAAGGUGUCCAAGAUGCCAAAGAAAGACAACAAACGAAUACCCAACAUUGCUGAAGAAUUAGCCAAAAACAGAAAUCAAGUAAAAGGAGCAUCCCCAUCCCCAGCAAAUACGCUGUCAUCUUCACCAAUGUUUCCACAACCAUCACAAGCUCCUGCUACUGAUUGCAAACCUAGUAAUAAAAGCGGUUCAUCAGAGAAAGGGGAAGAUAAGCAUACUAUAAUUAAGACAGAGCAAAUCAAGAUUUCCAGUCUACUAUCGCCUAAUGAAGAAAUGGGAAACUCCCCCACGGUGUCACCGCAGCCUCCAUUCUUAUCUGAUGGAUCACCAUCUCCAUCUCAACAUGCUUUAGGCGGUCCAAAAGUAAUACUACCGACACAGAAACCUGGCAGCAAUCCAUUACAGGGCUCUGAUUCUUCUGAUAGCCCCGGUUUCUUAGUGGCAAGAAUAAGCUCACCAGUGAAUUUGCCGAUCAAAUUAGCGAGCUCUAUGAAAAAGAGUCAUAGUACUACAGCUGUAACCCCCGCCUCCACUUCCAAGUCUACAACUAACUCUGCAUCUACAAUUUCGAAAGGAAAUCUUACAGGAGGAAAUAACAAGACGACUGUAGUGAAGGCAAAAAAAUCACAUUCUGUUUCUUCAGUAGCUUCAUCGAAGAGCAAGACAGGUGGAAGUAAGUCGAGUAACGAUUCCAAGAAAAAAAUCAAUGCGAAAUCGGUAAAGAAGGAUUCUUCUGCUUCUUCGAAUGCAGUGAAUCUUUCAGCAAAUAAACAAAGUAUCAGUACUAAUGAUAAAAAAGAAAUAAACAGAAAACAGUCCCAGUCUUCAAAACUGCCCAUUACCAAAAAAGAUGCUUCCACUGCUAAUGGGCCAGGAAACUCCGCAGAUAACAAAAAAAAAGGUCUUGUGAAGAAGGAACCUUCCAGUGGUACCAAACCAAAAACCCCGAAAAAACUGGUACCGCCACCACAAAUAAAGUCUCCAUCUUUGUUAGAGGUCCUUGAACGUGGUAAGUCCGAUAAGGUUACAGAAGACCCUAUAGUGGUGGUUGAUGUACCAUUAUAUUCCACCAAAAAUAAUGACUACUUGGACGAGAACGGUCAAGUUGUGUUCAACUACUAUAAACUAGUACACGAUAAAAUGUCUACUCAAAGCAAUACAAAUCUAGCAGAUGAAAAGCUAGCUAAAAGAAACUUGCUAGGACAACUCAAUCAUACCACAUCGAAUAUCGAGAGUAUAGAAGUAACGGAAGGCGAUGACAUAGUGGAAGACGAGGAAGAUGGCGAGGAUGAAGACGAAGAAGAAGUCGAUGAUGAGAAGACGACGACAUCCCCCAAAAAAAGGCCACAUUCCAACAAGGGCAAAAGUUUGAUUGGAAAAUAUGAUAUAGAAGAUCCUUUCAUCGACGAUUCAGAGCUUUUGUGGGAAGAGCAGCGUGCAGCAACCAAGGAUGGCUUUUUCGUUUAUUUCGGGCCAUUAAUUGAAAAGGGUCACUAUGCUAGUUUAGAAAGAGUGGACGGUACCAUGAAGAGAGGUGGCGUUAAAAAUAAAUGA